UACUCCUAGUGAGCAAAAAUGGGUGACUGGAGCUUCCUAGGAGAAUUCCUUGAAGAAGUCCACAAGCAUUCCACAGUGGUGGGGAAAGUCUGGCUGACUGUGCUCUUUAUCUUUCGGAUGCUUGUCCUGGGCACAGCAGCAGAGUCCUCAUGGGGAGACGAACAGUCCGACUUCAUGUGCGACACCCUGCAGCCAGGCUGUGAGAAUGUCUGCUACGACAAAGCUUUCCCCAUCUCCCACAUCAGAUACUGGGUCCUGCAGAUUAUCUUUGUCUCCACCCCUUCCCUGUUGUACAUGGGCCAUGCAAUGCACACUGUGCGUAUGGAAGAGAAGAGGAAAAUCAAAGAAGGAGCAAAGGCAAACAGUGACACUUUCCGCCAGCAUGAGUAUCCUGCAGUAGAAAAGACUGAGCUGACCUGUUGGGAGGAAGGAAGUGGGAGAAUCAUUCUUCGGGGCACUUUGCUGAACACGUACGUCUGCAGCAUUUUAAUCCGCACCACCAUGGAGGUAGGCUUCAUUGUUGGACAAUACAUGCUAUAUGGAAUCUUCCUUGAAACACUAUAUGUCUGUCACCGGAAUCCCUGCCCCAAUCCAGUAAACUGCUAUGUCUCUCGUCCUACGGAGAAGAAUAUCUUCAUCAUCUUCAUGCUUGCAGUAGCUGCGCUGUCCCUCUUCUUAAGCCUGGCCGAGCUAUAUCACUUGGGAUGGAAAAAAGCCAAGCAGAAGAUCUCUGGUUCUUACAAAAGCAACCCCAGCCCAGCCGCUGGUAAACUGGAUUUGGGAUCUCAAGAGAAGAUCACACAAAGUUGCACUCCUCCUCCGGAUUUUAAUCAGUGUCUGGCUAACCCUGGUGGGAAGUACAUCAGCCCCUUCAGUAAUAAAAUGGCCUCUCAACAGAACACAGCCAACUUUGCCACAGAGAGGGUUCACAACCAAGAGGAUGAAGUUGAAGGGAGUCACUUUAUCCAGGCUAACUAUACACAAAACCCUGAAGCCGGCAACAGCUCUGCCCCUUGCCUGCUCCCUAAUAGCUACUUCCAUGACAACCGCAGGACCAGCAGGACCAGCCGUUCCAGUAGUAGUAAGGUGAGAUCUGAUGACCUAUCAGUGUGAACUACCUUC